AUGCGGAUCAUGAGCCAGACCUACUUACCUGUUUUGCCCAUGGUGCUGGAUAGCCACACGACCGGGAUAGACCUGCAGUUCUGGGGUCGAGUGCUUUCAGCAUUGUCCGACAAGCUUCAGGAGCUUGUGGAGAGGCCCAGCUCCCAGGACUUGAUGCGGGUUAUGUACUCCAUCUUCCAGUCCGGGGGUCCCUCGUCCUUAAGUCAGCUGAUGUCCACUGUAUCGGAUCUCUUCUGCGGAUACCCAGAGGGUGAGAUCACCCGGGUCUUCUCCUUUAAUUGGUAUGAGGACAACAACUACAAGGCUUUCCUAGGCAUCAACAGCUCCAGAGGACACGACAGCUACACCUAUGACACGACAGCAAGUGAUUUUCUUUGA